AUGGCAGAUAUAGAAAAGCGAAUCACACAACUACAUCGGCUUAGAGGUGCCUUGAAAACUAAAGCCACAAUUCUCGAAAAGUUUCUCAACAAACCUAUCGAGGAUAUAAAUAUUAUCGAAUUAAAGGGUAAAAUCGAGAACACGUCUAUAAUUUUUGAAAACUUUGAAAAAGCUCAAUGCGAAUUAGAAGAAAAUGUAGCGGAAGAUGAGCUCGAAAGCGAGUACCAGUGGCGAAGCGAUUUCGAAGAGAAAUUCUCUGCAUUAUGUGCAAAGGCACAAGGUAUUCUUAACGAAAAAGAAUACGGUUCUUCGGAAAAUCUAUUGUCCGCGCAACCACCUUCUCGAAACUCCGUAGAAAACGUGUUCAAUGAGAAUAAUGCAGCAGCUGCGACUAUCGGGGUCCAGCAACCAAACGUGAACCGGUUCCUACGACCAAUGGCCGGGGACAAAAUCCAAUAUAUUCAAACGACUGAUGCAAAUUAUAAGGUCGCUUGGAAUAUCCUAGAAAAAUGUUAUGAUGAUCCGAGUACCGUAAUCAACAAUCACAUCAAAUCAUUUUUCGAACUGCCGAAUUGUCAUAAUGCAUCAGCCGUUGCUCUAGGAGAACAUUUAAACAACGUAACAAAACAUUAUCGUGCGUUAGAAGCGUUGAAAAAACCAUUUUUAGAAGCGUUUCCUAUAUACGCGAUCGUAUCGAAAUUAGAUCCACAAAUACGAUUAAAGUGGAAGGAACAUUUACAAGCGAACAACGCUCCAACGAUGGAGCAGUUACUCGAUUUCUUACAUAAUCGAGAAAGAAUUCUAGAAACAAAUAAAUUUUUUUCGAAAAAUGAGAAAUCGGAAAGGAAUAUAACACGUAGCGAAAAUCAUUCUUACGGCGGCAAUCGACCACCACACUCUCAAUCAAAUUUCAAAAGACAAUCCGUUUAUUCUAUUCAAAAUCGUGCAUUUUCUCAUAUUUGUAAGGAAACACACUUUACGCAAAACUGUGAAAAGUUACUAAAUGCGACUUUGCAGGAACGUUUUAGCAUCGUAAAACAUCUACAUCUCUGUUUUAACUGUCUCCGGUCUAACCAUACGGUAGAAAAUUACAUUGCAACCACGUGUAAAACUUGCAGUAAAAGACAUCAUACUCUGUUGCAUCAGGACAAUAAAACCACAAAACCGCUUCAAGCUAAUCACGCGCAUUUACACAAUACCGUAUCGUCUCAAGUUUUAUUAUCAAUGGCUAUUGUGCAUAUUCUAGAUCACAAGGGCAAUCCUCAAGCAUGCAGGGCUCUCCUUGACAAUGGUUCGCAGGUUCACUUUAUCAUAGAAAAAUUAGCUGCGAAAUUAGGUCUAGAACAACGAGAAAUCGAAAUUCCACUCGGCGGAGUGAAUCAGAUGAGCUCUAGCGUGAGCAAAAUAACGCGAACAACGAUCCAAUCGCGAUUAAAUAAAUACUCAGCUGAUCUCACUUUCCUUAUAACUCCAGAGGUCAAUGACCACGCACCAAGCGAACCCUUAAACAGGAUUGAAUUAAAAAUUCCUCCUAAACUCCAUCUUGCUGAUCCCGAAUUCCAUAAACCGUCAGAAAUCGAUAUACUGAUCGAAACUCAUUUUGGAAAUAUAUUUCCACACGCUGCUAAAUGCAAUUUAUCGUUAAAUUUAUUGCAUAACAAAAUAUCUGAAUUCUGGGAAAUCGAAAACGGCCCAAACGAAAAACUUCUAUCGAAUGAAGAAAAUGCAUAUGAAGUACAUGUUCAAGAAAAUACGCGCCGCGAUCAUGAAACCGGAAGCUAUAUCGUUAAACUUCCAUUCAAAGAAGAUUCGCCCGUACUCAGCGAGUCAUACUCUCAGGCACUCAGACGGUUUAAUUCUCUCGAACGGUCUUUGGCUAAAAAUUCCCAUCUUAAGGAUAAAUAUAUCGCCUUUAUGAGAGAUUAUAUAGAACUGGAUCACAUGUCUGAGGACGAAUCUGCUUCUAUCUAUGAUGGUUAUUUUUUACCGCACCACGCGGUAAUCAAACAAUCCAGUUUAACGACAAAACUUCGAAGCGUUUUUGAUGCCUCAGCGAAAACAUCAAACGGGAAAUCCUUAAACAAUGUACUUAUGGGCGGUCCCAAUAUCCAAAAUGAUAUUUUUUCUCUACUUGUCCGUUUGCGAUCUAAUACAUACGCGAUAACUGCAGAUAAUGAGAAAAUGUAUCAGCAAAUACGUCUCGACGAAGCUGAUCAAAAUUUUCAAAAAAUUUUAUGGCGAGAAGAGUCUCGCGAACCUCUAAAAAUCUACAAAUUAAAAACUGUAACUUAUGGCAUGUCCUCCGCUUCUUUUUUAGCAACGCGAUCGCUUAGGCAAUUGGCCAACGACGAAGCCAGAAACCGUGUUGAGGAGAUUCAAACGUUGACACAAUCUCUCGAAUGGCGACACGUACGCACCGAGCAUAAUCCCGCGGAUUUUGUCUCGCGAGGCCUCACACCGAAAGAGUUUAUCGCUAGUUCUUUAUGGUUUAAUGGGCCAGCAUGGAUUAACGAUCCUGAGGAGAAUUGCCCUCAAUCACACUUGCAGCCUAUCGAAAUUUCUGAACGAAGGAAACCUGUUAUCAGUUUAUCAGUCAAGUUAACUCGCCACUUCAUCCCCCCGCGUUCGCCACACUUCGGGGGACUCUGGGAAGCCGCGGUAAAGUCUUUUAAGCACCACUGGGUUCACGUUAUUGGUGAUAGACUGUUAACGUAUGAGGAGUUCACAACACUCGCAACCGAGAUAGAGGGUAUCCUAAAUUCUCGUCCUUUGACUCCUGUACCCUCAGAUCCUAACGACUUAGCCGCCCUCACUCCAGGUCACUUUCUCACAGGUGACUCUCUAACGGCUGUACCGGAACAUUAUUUGAAGGACCUGCCGUCCGGGCGACUUUCGUCUUGGCAGCAAGUCCAACAAAUGAAACAGCACUUUUGGACUCGAUGGAGUAAAGAAUAUCUUCAUGAGUUAACCGUCCGCAAAAAGUGGCAUAAGGGUGCCACUACCGAUAUUCAGAUCGGUAAACUGGUAACAAUGCGAGAUGACAAUCUUCCUCCCAUGCGAUGGACACUCGGCCGUGUUAUAGCCACACAUCCUGGAGAAGAUGGUGUUAUCCGAGUAGUAACUGUGAAAACUGCGAAUGGCGAUUGCAAACGCAGCGUAAAAAAUCUGUCUCCCUUGCCGAUUGAUACUCAUUAA